GCAGGCAGAGCUGGUGUCUCUCAGCUGGAUGAUGAAGAGAGAAGUCUUCUUGUUUGCACUAGUGGCCCUGGCCACUUCAUAUGCUAUACCUCUUUCCUAUGAGGUGCAUGAGGUGUAUGAGAACGGUGAGGAUGAGAACCCCAUCCUAAACCUGGGUUCAGAAGACAACCUGCUCGAAGGAGAUAUUUUACUCCCGAAAGGAAGGAACGCUCUGAUUGACAAAACUUACAGAUGGAAAUUUCCAAUCCCUUACAUACUGGGCGAUGAUUUGGAUCUCAAUGCUAAAGGAUGUGUCUAUCAGGCUUUUGAGAUGUUCCGGCUGAAGUCUUGUGUCGACUUCAAACCCUAUGAAGGAGAGAAGACGUACAUCAAGUUUGAGAAGAGGGGAGGGUGUUUCUCCAGCGUUGGUGACCAGCAGGAUGGUCAGAUUCUGUCUUUGGGGUCAGGCUGUGACCACAAGGCCGUAAUCGAACAUGAACUCCUCCACGCUCUGGGAUUUUACCACGAACAGUCCCGUACGGACAGAGAUGACUACGUUGACAUCUGGCUGGAUCAGGUCACACCAGGAUUAGAGCACAACUUCAACAAAUACAGCGACAACUACAUCACUGAUCAGAACACAGCGUAUGACUACGAGUCCAUCAUGCAUUACCGGCCGUUCUCCUUUAAUAAGAAUGAAUCCAUCCCCACCAUCACCACAAAGAUCCCUGAGUUCUACAACAUCAUUGGUCAAUACCUGGACUUCAGUAUGAUGGACACCCUCAGGCUCAACCGCAUGUACAACUGCUCUGGUCCUCUCACCCUCCUGGACCAGUGUGCUUUUGAAUAUGCCAGUAUCUGCGGUAUGAUCCAGGCCUCCAACGAUGACGCUGACUGGGUUCAUACCCAGGGCACCGUGGGUUCAGAGGAUCACACAGUGUUGGGAAGAUGCAGAGAUGCGGGGUACUUCAUGCAUUUCAACACCAUGACUGGGAAGCCUCAGGAGUCGGCUCUGCUGGAAUCUCGAACCCUGUACCCCAAGAGGAAGCUUCAGUGUCUGCAGUUCUUCUACAAGAUGACAGGAAACCAUAAUGACAGACUGGUGAUCUGGGUUAAGAUAGAUGAUGGCACAGGAACCGUCCGUAGAAUGAAGAAAAUUCAAACCUUUUAUGCUGAUUCAGACCACUCCUGGAAGAUCGGCCAUGUUCAAAUGGAAGUCGGGGUUAAAUUCCGGUAUGCUUUCCAGGCAGUGCGUGGUAAUCCCUCUGCAUCAUCAGGCGGUAUCUACAUCGACGACAUCAGCUUGAGUGAAACACGUUGCCCUAAUGCAGUGUGGAGGAUCCAGAACUUCUCUAAGAUCAUGGAAACAGCCGACCUUAGCACAGUCAUUGAGAGCCCUCGCUUCUACAGCCCUGAAGGUUAUGGCUAUGGUAUCAGUGUCUACCCUUUGACAAGUUAUUCUGAUUACACGGGUAACUACGUUGGGCUUUACUUCCAUUUGGCGAGUGGGGACAACGAUGCAGUGAUGCAGUGGCCGGCAGUGAACAGACAGGCAACGCUGGUGGUGAUGGACCAGAACCCAGAUAUUAAGCUGAGGAUGUCGACAGCUCGGAGCCUCACGACAGAUAAGAGGAUGACACCAGAUGGAGACUUCUACUGGGACAAUCCCUCCAAGGUGGGGACGUUCGAUCCCUCCUGUAAUUGCUACCGAGGAGGAUCAUGGGGCUGGAGAAACUUUGUGAAGCACUUUGACCUGAAACGGCGGGACUACCUGAAGAACGAUGACCUUAUCAUCUUUGUUGACUUUGACGAUAUAACAUCUCUGAUCAACACUGAAGUCCCAGUUGAACCAAAUGUUUAAGAUCAGUCUGGAAUUUUUUGUAAUUUUGCUUGAGAAUAAAGAUACAGCUGGAAGAAAAGAAUCAUCUGAUGGUGAAGAAUGGAUGAAAUGACACUGCUUUUACAAAACAUCAACUAAAACUAAACACCUAGUUUAGGUACAACUGACAGAGAUACAUGCAUUAUAAGACAAAUGUCUUAAAUUGUUUGCACAACAUUCAGUUGACAAAAAUCUUUGUAAGA